AUGGGUCUCCCCGCCCUGGAGUUCAGCGACUGCUGCCUGGACAGCCCCCAGUUUCGGGAGACCCUCAAGUCCCACGAAGCCGAGCUGGACAAGACCAACAAGUUCAUCAAGGAGCUCAUCAAGGACGGGAAGACCCUCAUCGGCGCCCUCAAGAAUCUCUCUUCAGCCAAGCGGAAAUUUGCUGAUUCUCUAAAUGAAUUUAAAUUCCAGUGCAUAGGCGAUGCAGAAACAGAUGAUGAGAUCUGCAUAGCAAAGUCUCUGCAAGAAUUUGCCACUGUCCUCAGGAAUCUGGAAGAUGAGCGGUUAAGGAUGAUUGAGAAUGCCAGCGAGGUGCUCAUAACCCCCCUGGAGAAGUUCCGCAAGGAGCAGAUUGGGGCUGCCAAGGAUGCCAAGAAGAAGUAUGACAAGGAGACCGAGAAAUAUUGUGGUGUUUUGGAGAAACACCUGAACUUGUCUUCCAAAAAGAAGGAAGCCCAGCUUCAUGAGGCAGACAGCCAGGUGGACCUGGUCCGGCAGCAUUUUUAUGAAGUCUCCUUGGAAUAUGUCUUCAAGGUGCAGGAAGUCCAAGAGAGGAAGAUGUUUGAAUUUGUGGAACCACUGCUGGCUUUUCUGCAAGGACUCUUCACUUUCUAUCAUCAUGGCUAUGAGCUUGCCAAGGACUUCAAUGACUUCAAGACGCAGCUGACAAUUAGCAUCCAAAAUACAAGGAAUCGCUUUGAAGGCACCAGGUCAGAGGUGGAGUCGCUGAUGAAGAAGAUGAAAGAGAAUCCCCACGAGCACAAGAAUAUCAACCCCAAUACCAUGGAGGGAUACCUAUAUGUCCAGGAGAAACGUCACUUUGGGACAUCUUGGGUCAAGCACUACUGUACAUACACACGGGAAUCUAAACGGAUCACCAUGGUUCCAUUCGACCAGAAAUCAGGAGGAAAGGGGGGGGAAGAUGAAUCAGUAACCCUCAAAUCCUGCAUCCGGAGAAAAACAGACUCUAUCGAGAAGAGGUUCUGCUUUGAUGUGGAAGCUGUAGACAGGCCAGGCAUCAUUACCAUGCAGGCGAUAUCUGAAGAGGACCGAAGAUUGUGGAUGGAAGCCAUGGAUGGCCGAGAACCCGUCUACAAUUCGAACAAAGACAAUCAGAGUGAAGGAACCGCCCAGUUGGACAACAUUGGCUUUAGCAUCAUCAGGAAAUGCAUACACGCUGUUGAAACCAGAGGAAUCAACGAACAAGGGCUCUAUCGGAUUGUCGGUGUCAACUCCCGAGUUCAGAAGCUGCUGAAUGUUUUGAUGGAUCCCAAAACAACCUCUGAAAUAGAAGUGGAUAUCAGUGCAGAGUGGGAGAUAAAGACCAUCACCAGUGCCCUGAAGACUUACCUGAGAAUGCUCCCUGGCCCCCUCAUGAUGUACCAGUUUCAAAGAAGCUUCAUCAAAGCAGCAAAGUUGGAGAACCAAGAGUCUCGAGUCUCCGAGAUCCACACCCUCGUUCAUCGGCUCCCGGAGAAAAACCGGCAGAUGUUGCAGUUGCUCAUGAACCAUUUGGCCAACGUUGCUAAUAACCAUAAGCAGAAUUUAAUGACCGUGGCCAACUUGGGUGUGGUGUUUGGCCCCACACUGCUACGACCACAAGAAGAAACGGUGGCAGCCAUCAUGGAUAUCAAGUUCCAGAAUAUUGUGAUUGAGAUCCUGAUCGAAAACCACGACAAGAUAUUUAACACCGUGCCCGAGAUGCCACAGACAAACGCGCUCCUGCAUUUGUCUCGGAAGAGAAGCAGUGACUCAAAGCCACCAUCUUGCAGUGAAAGGCCCUUAACGCUUUUUCCCACGGGCCAGUCCACCGAGAAACAGGAGCAAAGGAACAGCAUCAUUGACUCUAGCCUGGAAUCUGUCAUUUCAUCGAAUGCCAACAGCAUACUGAACUCCAACAGUGCCCUCCAGCCCAACCUAACCUCAAGUGACCCCGACCUGCCAGCAGUCAAACCCAACAGACCUAACUCACUCCCUCAGAAUCCAAGCCCAACUUCACCCCUCUCACCAUCCUGGCCCAUGUUCUCCGCGCCAUCCAGCCCUAUGCCCACUUCAUCUACGUCCAGCGACUCAUCCCCCAUCAGCUCACCACCCCGGAAAGCAAAAGCCUUGUAUGCAUGCAAGGCAGAACACGACUCGGAGCUGUCCUUCACAGCAGGCACCGUCUUUGACAAUGUUCAUCCGUCUCAGGAACCAGGCUGGUUGGAAGGAACCCUGAACGGAAAGACAGGACUGAUCCCUCAAAACUACGUGGAGUUCCUUUAACUCUGGGCCCCGGGAAGAUCCCACCCGAGCUUUACAUGGUAUCCAUGACAACUGCUGAUCAGUGUUGUAGAUUAUUGCUUUUCGCCACUGGGAAAUGCAAGGCGAAGUACUGUCCAACUACCUGUUGAAAUGAAUGUUUCUGUGAUUUCUGGUGUUACCUGUCUCCAUUAAGUCAUCUCUGGUGGUGGAUGACGAGGUUGCAGGAGUGAGUGGGGAGCAGAUUUGUAACUGGCCGGGGAGGCGUUGGUAGCGCCUGCGUUUCGGCAAUGCUGGGGAAAAACGGGCAGUCUUUUUCUCAUCACCACAUUGGGCAGAGCAGCCUGGAUCUCAGCUCGGAGCCAUUAGAGGGCCCUUCGGGGCGAGGGUGGGGCCAGGGUUGAGAGGGCGCCCUGAAGAGCUAGCUCCCCAAAGGACCUAGGGCCGAGUCCGGUUUUCCAGCAGGGACCUCUCUCUAGCGGCAGCCCUGUCUUUUGCUUUGUUUACAGCAUACCUUUCCCACUCUGUACAACUCCAGCCUGCUUCCCAGACAAGGAUUUUGCCUGAUUGCCUCUCAGGGGUGACAAAGGGUUAAGGCAUUGUUUACAUAAUAUCAAACCACUGACCAUCUCUGCGGCACCUUUUUGCCCAUCCUCAGCAGAUUUCCGACCACUCCUCCCGCACGCGGGCACUCACAGCAGAGACCUCUCUGCUGCCGCUGUGGCCGAGGGCCUCCAUCACCUGGUAACCACAGCAACCUGGCCUGCUACAAAAGAAAACAACAGAAAAAAACGCACUCUCUCUCCAUGUACCUGGUUUCCCCCUCCCCCCCCCCCCAUUCUGGUUCGAGUCUGUUUCCUAAUCGCCAAAACAGCCAAGGAGCAGGCGAUGGGGAGCCAGAGGAAGAGGAGGGGCCUGAAAUCUGAAGGGCCUCCACAGGUCGUGAGAGCAGCAGAGAGGCUCUCUACCCUCUGCUCUUGGGCAUUGCCAAUAGGAAAAUAUAUCUGGAGCAAGCCUUUUUACCGUUUGAGAAUGUAUUGCUGCCAGAAAAAACGUCUGCGCUUCUGGUGGCGUUUUUUUUUUUCUCCCCUGCUGGGAAGAUGUCACUUUUGUUAGAUAACAAGCACACCUGGCUGCUUCUCAUUGCAUCCUGUCUUCCUGCCUCCUCCUCCUCCUUCCCUGCAGACCCCUCUCAACUUGCCCUCCACUGUCCCCACUGUAGAAGAAGAGCCCUCCACAGCCUGGUGUCCAAACCUGCAACAGUGUCCUCAGCCGUUGCAGGUCAGGGUUGGCACUGCCCUGCGGGCCCCUUCAGAGGGUCACGCGGUGCCUGGGCCAAGCCACUCAGACCAAGGAAGUUCCCACAGUGAGGCCAGUUGGAAUUCUGAAAUCACCAAGGGCGGAGGCCUGGAGGCUACCCCGCAAACCUUUGGAUUCAGGACUCUGGACCCCUGGGGGAGGAAGGGCUUCCUUUUUACCCCCUUCUUGCCCUAGAAGGACUUGAGGAUGUGGAAUCCCAGCUCCCCCCCCAUUGCAGGGACAUCUGGGGAUCUUCCCUUCUGCCAUCCCAGGUGCCCAGGGAUCUUUUUGAGGGAAUUAACAUUUUAUAGAUACGCAUAUAUAUAUAUGAAAGAGUUGUUGAAUUUCCAUACACUUCUUUAAUGAAGAAUUAACAUGUAAAUAAUAGGCAAAUCUGAAAUGCUAUGCGGUAAAGUUUUAUAUUUGAUACUUUUUAGCUAGGCUGGAGUGAGCUAGCUGCUCAACUCCUAUACAGCUUGCUCGGUGAGAGAGAGUGCGGGUGCAAGAUGGGUGAGAGAGCGAGUGAGAGGCAGAAGGUAAGCACUGAAUGGCUUAGAGGUCCCAUCUCACUCUUCUCCCACCUCUCCUCCACGUCCUUACCUGGUGGAAGGGGGUUCUCCCUUUUAUUGUUAAAGCACUUCUAGGGCCCCGGUGGUGGAAGAGGGAGGAGGCACUCGGGCCGAUGGGAUGUUAAAAGAAUGAACACAAUUGGUCAGUUUGUAAGUCUGGGGACUGAGAAUGGGAUAGCACCAGGGUGGGUGUUGGCCUGGAGUCUUUAGUUAUUUUCAUUCUUGCAGUGUUUCUCCCCACUGCAUCCUGGGAUCGGGCCUGGCCCCGUUCCCUCCUCUUCCCUCUGCAGUCCUGAAACUUCCAUUCCACCCAAAGAGAAUUCCCCCUCAGAACCUGGGACCUGAUUGCCUAGGAUUUUAUAGGAUUAGGAACUAUGGAUCCCAGUCAUCUUUUACCUCUGGAAACUGUGAAGGCCGUAACUUGGGAUCUUGGAAUCUUACCUGUCCCUCUUUCUCUCCACACCCCACCUCUCACUCUGUCCGGUCUCCUUCCCACGUCCCCCACCUCCUGCACCCAGCCUGUUGAGCCCCGAGUACCCAGAAGUAGGGGUGGUUCGCCACAGACCCCCUUUUCCUGAGAGCCAUUAGUCCUGUGGGCGAUUUAACUGCAGGGCAGGGUGCGAAGGGAAAGAAUGGUUCUCGUAGUGCCCGAUUUUCCAUGCUAUUUUGCUAAUUCUUCAGUCCCACAGUCGUGGUCUCUCAGAGCCUUAGGAAGUCACUGCUGCAGCAGAGGGCAAGACUUCUGAGUAAGAGAAGGACCAAGAGCUGCAGGAGAGGGGUAAGCAGUCACCGAGGAUGACAAGGUGGGUGUCCCCGGGCUCUCGGAGAAGGACCGAGGAAUUCCAGAGCCUGCCCACCCAGGGAAGUGGCAAGGUGUGCCAUCUAGGAAUGCCCACCCAGGGGUAGAUUCUGGGACUUAAAUGAAUCGGAAAAAGACUUGUACGCUCAAAGUUUGCCAUCGCAGGGUUGAACCAGUAGCCCUGGGAACAGCUCUGCUGUAUUCAGCCUCCUAAUGACCCUGUCCUACCUCCCACUAAAGUCAGCACACUAGAGUUGACCAAAUUUCCCUCUCUUUUUUAGUGUUUGAGUGAGAUUGGCAUCUACCCAGGCCUUUCAGGGUGGGAGGGGGCUGAGCUACCUGGAGAGCUUAGCUUCCUGGAGACUGUCAUCAGUCCCUCAGGGAGGUUGGGCUUAGACUUUUUUCAGUUUGGGCUCAUCUAAAGAACUUCCAAAAGGGUGAUGAUGGGGCAGUUUGAAAGCUAAGCACCUUUCAGGCUUGUUGAGGAUUGAGCCGUGAUGAGGGGAGACCCCUAAGCCCUGCCUCUGCCACCACGUCCAAGGGUCUUCCUCGUGGAUUGGGACGAUGCGUCUUUUUCCCCAAGGAAAGAACGUUGCUCAGUGUCUUUACCACAUGCCAGGGAAUGGGAGAAGCCCAGUAACUUCUUAAAUCAGGGUGUCUGUUAGUGGAGAGAUCAUUCAUUCACAAAGAUGAUUCAGCUAUUAUUUCAGGGCCCAGGAGAACAGGGUUUGGAACAUUCACCCUCCUAGUUUAUGUUGAGGAAGGUGGCACUCUGCUCUGCUGUACUUUCUGGGAAUUUAUCCCUUGGGUUGCCACGCUUCAUCAUUCAUCCCUGGGAGUUUUAACUGUCCGUGACCACCGUUGGCACUGAACUUUUUCAGCCCCACAGGGAAGACCCAAAGCCAUUAUUCCUCAGGCAGUCAAAUGCUGGGGAUCCUAGGCACACACACCGAGAGCAUCUCCACAGCCUGUGGGACCAACAGAUCAGGCAGAUGUAGACAUGUGGCCUAUGUACAUGUGUGAGUGUGGGUGGUGUGUGUGUGUGUGUGUUUGUACAUUAAGUAUAGGUGCUCACAUGAACACGGACAUUCUUGAGUCUGCCGUUGUCUAGCCAUUAUAGAGUUUGAGAUUUGUGGGGGAAGAAUUUAAGGAAGGAGAGGGGCAGUUGAGUAGCUAUAAAAAUGAUUGACGGUGUAAAUUAAGUGCCAUUUUAAACGCUUUGUUCUUAUUUAUCGAUAUUUGCUCUCUGCAGCCGAGUUCUCUGUCACCUUAUUAAAAGCCGUGUUCCGAAACACCCACUAGCCGUGCUUAGCGUCUAAGGCUAAGUGACCAGAUUCAAAGAGCUGUCGAUAUUUUCUCGGCAAAAUACAUGCAUGUUUAAUUCCUAAUUUAGGCUACUUCUGAAUGUGUUUUAAAGUGCUGUGCGGUAUAAUAAAUAUUAAUAAAGUACUUACAAAUGGCACCUUAAUGUUCAAAAUUUCACGAUAUAUUGCACUAUUUUAAAUUUCAACCCAGUAUUUGGUCUUGACUGGUGUGUAGAUUCUGAUUCAGUAAUUCAAGUAUAAUCUGUGGAUAGGGUGUAAUUGUUGUUUUUCCAGGUUCAAGCAAAAACAGUUUUGCCAAGUUUGGGCCUUUUUUAAGUGUGCUAUUGCUUUAUCCAGCAGCAUUUACAAAAACUUUGCGAUUUUUGUCCAAGCGGCCUUGAAACCUUUGCUUCUGUUCUUUGGUUUGGUUUGUGUGACAAUCCAGUGAAAUGAGUGGAAGUAUGAUUUUUGAAUUAAAUGAAUUUUCCAUUUGGUGGUAA